AUGGCUGCUAUCUACGUGGUGCUCAUGAUCUUGUCGGGUCUUGCACUUGAAUUCCUCCGCUACGAACCCCCCGAAAAUUUCGACGUGUCCGAGAAGCCCAUCAAGGACGAAACCUACACGAGGAUGGAGACGCCCAAGAACAACAUAUCAGCGGCGACGGAGGACUGUGUUGUGGACUUUCAGUCGACCGCUCAGGAGAAGAACUUCGUGCCAGUGACCAUGGCUUUACAAGACCUUCACUACUUCGUGCUGGAUCCCCACAACCCCAAGGAAUCUCUCGAGCUGCUAAAGAAUAUCAACGGGUUUGCUGUGCCCGGGUCCAUCACGGCUCUCAUGGGCUCGUCGGGUGCAGACAAGACGGCGUUGAUGGACGUGAUCGCAGGACGUAAGACUGGCGGGAAGAUCACCGGCAUAAUCCUGUUGAACGGCUACGAAGCGAACGACCUCUCCAUCCGUCGGUGCACGGCUACUCCGAGUAUCAUCUUCCUGGACGAGCCUACCAGUGGACUGGACGCUCGAUCGGCGAAGCUUAUUAUGGACGGUGUUCGCAAGGUGGCGGACUCGGGACGUACCAUCACUUGCACGAUCCACCAGCCGUCAGCCGAAGUGUUCUACUUGUUCGAUAGUCUGCUGCUGCUGAAGCGUGGAGGCGAGACGGUGUUCUGCGGAGACUUGGGCCGCGAUUGCUGUAACUUGAUCGAGUACUUCGACGGUAUCCCGGGGGUGUCUUCCCUCCCUCUUGGCUACAAUCCCGCGACGUGGAUGCUGGAAUGUAUUGGCGCCGGUGUGAACAACGCGGCGGGUAACCAGACGGACUUCGUGAACUACUUCAACGGCAGUGCGCUGAACAACUCGGCGACGCAGAUGAAGUUUGUCGUGACCCGAUUCAUCCAGAUGUACUGGCGAACUCCGAGCUACAACCUCACGCGCAUGAUCCUCGUUGUGCUCCUCGCACUGGUCAUCGGUCUCGUGUUUAUCGACGCUGACUACGCGUCGUACACGGGUCUCAACUCGGGUGUCGGAAUGGUCUACAUGGGUGGCCAGAAAGGUUGGGAAGGCGUCCACGAUCAUGACGCCGAGCUGACACACGACCCACGAGCUUUGGAUUGGACUGGAACCAGACACGAAAACCAGCGAAAAGAUAUGGCAAAGAAGCGGAAGGCGAUCACCUGGUACCAGGUCGCGGUGCUGCACCAGGUCAGCGUCGUCCUUAUCAUCCAGCACGUUCUCGAGUGCUAG